UUAUCAUAAGCUCCUUGUCAUUGUGAUAAGAACAGUGCAUUACCCUUUCCUGUAGACAAUAUGGCAGAAAUGGCGGACUUUCUGAGGAUUGUGUACUUUCUGAUUCUCCCCGCUGUAAUACAUUCUGAUUCUGGAAGUUCCCACGGUUGUGGUGGCCAUGGUUACCUGACAACUAACAAUGGUCUGAUAAAUAGCCAGACCCAGGGCUCUAGGUACCACAAUAACGCGGAUUGUACGUGGCGGAUCCACGCUCCUGUAGGAAAGGUUAUCAGAUUAACGUCCACGUACUUCAAUCUGGAGCAAGAUAAUUCAUGCAGCUAUGACUACCUCAAUGUGUACGAUGGGUCAAAUACAAAUGCCAAACUACUGGGAGACUUUUGUGGCCAUACUUCAAUAGACCUUGUGUCUUCUGGACAAAACUUAUUCUUAGAAUUCAUAACAGAUGACAGCGACGUAUUUCGAGGAUUUGAGAUAUCAUACAGAUUCAUUCAAAGAACAGACAGUUGUGGUGGUCAAGAUUUCCAAUGUCAAAACCACAAGUGUGUAGACUACUCGUGGGUUUGUGAUGGCGAUAAUGACUGCGGAGACGGAAGUGACGAAAUAACGUGUACGACAACCACUACUCCAAUAUCCGGAUCCGGUACAGCCCAUCCUAUUUCCUCAGGGGCUUGCCAGACUGACGAGGUGUCCUGCCCUGACCACACGUGCAUCCCACAGAUCUGGCGAUGUGACGGCGACAAUGACUGUGGUGAUAACAGCGACGAACGGAAUUGUGGGAGUUUGUCUGGUACCACCAUCUCCCCAGCUCUCUCCUCCGGAUGCGGAAGUCCAGAAACACAGACAGGCAUGCUGGGAAGUUUUCAUAGUUUGAAUUAUCCUUCAAAUUACGAUAGUAACAUGAACUGUCGGUGGGAAAUCAAUGUUCCUACAGGCAUGCACAUUAAAUUGAUUUUCGCCGAUAAAUUUGGAAUAGAAGACGGCCAAAAUUGCAAUUAUGACCGAGUUACAAUUUAUAACGGAAAUCAAAACAAUCUUGUUGGAAGAUACUGCGGUUCACAACAUCCAACCACCAUGGUCCUUUCCAGUAAUCACGUGAUUGUUCAAUUCAUCAGCGAUGGAAGUAAUGAGGAAAUGGGAUUUCUAUUGCACUGGUCAGCGACAAACGCGUCUGUCGUGGUUCCUGUGGAUUCCCACACUACUCCAUCACCAGCCGGACUGAACUGUACCCGAGAUAUUUACAUCAAUGGAAGUACACCGGGCACGAUCUCCUCUCCUAAUUUUGGUGUUGGCCUACAAUAUCCUCCCCAUUCAGGAUGUAUAUGGAGAUUUUUUGCACCCUUUGGUUACGCUGUACGCCUGACAUACACGCAGUUCGGUGUCGAGGGCGGUCGACAAUGCCCAUUUGAUUCUGUCACCGCAUUUGAUGGACAAAGUUCAACCGGAAGAAUGAUAGCCAAAAAUUGUGGCAACACACUUCCUGCCCCUGUUGUGUCAAAAACUAAUUCUAUGUAUGUCAGUUUUGUUAGUGAUGGAAGCACACAAGACAUUGGAUUUACAGCCACUUAUUCAGCUGUGAAAUUGAAUGUAUCAACACAAUCUGUCAAUACGGAUCAAGCUUGUCAUGGAAGUACAGCACUCGUCCUCAACAGGACUUCCGGAUUCAUCUAUUCGGAGAAGUUUACUUUGGGAAUGAAUUACCCGGAUAAUCUUAACUGCAGAUGGCACAUAAAGGCACCUGCAGAUAAAGUCAUCACUCUCCAGUUUAAUACCUUUUACCUGGAGAAAGAUCGUGCUUGCCAAUACGACAACCUGCAGGUGCUUGAUGGACCUUUGGCUAGAUCCCCGCUCAUUGGAAAGUAUUGUGGAAUUAAUUAUCCACAAAAGCUGACUUCUACAGCCUCAGAUCUUUAUAUUCGAUUUCACUCCGACGAAAGCGAAACCGAGAUAGGCUUCAACAUAACAUACAGCAUCCAUGAUCCAAUUCCUACAUGCUCACCCAAUGAUUUCACAUGUAGUGACGGAAUGUGUAUAGACAGAAGCUCAGUCUGCGAUGGAAGAAAUGACUGUGCAAGUGGCAACGACGAAGUAUUGUGCACUUCAAGCUGUGGCGUGCCAGCAAUAACGCCAACUUUGGGUAACUCUCGAAUUGUUGGAGGUAAAGAAGCUGUCCCUGGCAGCUGGCCUUGGCAGGCCUCCCUGCAGUACGGCAGGUUUAAAGACCACAUGUGUGGAGGUACCCUGAUCUCCCCACAGUGGGUCAUGACAGCAGGGCACUGUUUUGAAGAUGACAGAAAUCCAUCGAAAUGGCACGUGUUGCUGGGAAAUCAUCACAUGAAUAAACAGGAUGCGCAUCAGGUGGAAGUGGGUGUUUCAAAGAUUAUUGUCCAUGAAAAUUACGAUGAAGAUACCACAGAAAAUGACAUCACUCUAUUGAAAUUGGAAACUCCGGUGACGUUAAACAAUUACGUCAAUGUCGUCUGCUUACCUAAGCGAACUGUGUCCAACGGGCAACACUGUUACAUUACAGGAUUUGGAGAUACUAUGGGAACUUGCUGUCGGAAUGUGUUAAAGCAGGCAGAAAUCCCUAUCAUUGAUGUGUUAAAAUGCAAUACUACUAGAUACACGGACGGUCAGGUGUUCAGUACCAAUAUCUGUGCUGGGUAUGACAAAGGAGGAAUAGAUACUUGUCAGGGUGAUAGUGGUGGUCCUUUGGUUUGUAACAUAGAUGGCAAGUGGCAGAUAGAGGGUAUUACGUCAUGGGGAGUAGGCUGUGCAGAUCCCAUGUCACCUGGGGUGUACACUAAAGUGUAUGAUUACUUAAACUGGAUACAAAAAACCAUUGUUCAAAAUUGAAAUUGAACAAGUGUACGAUGGUAUAUUUAUUUACAAUUAGGGUGUUUGUCAUAUACGAUUUUUAUUCCUCACACA